AUGUUCCGCCAAACGCUGUUGGGCCGGCUGCCGCCCCGAAUGUUGCCCCUCGUGGCCGCAGCCCUCCUCGAAGGGAAGGAAAGGAAAGACACUGGCCUCUACCACUGGCGGCGUGAAAAGCAGCCUUAUUACAAUCUCACUGUAAAAGUCCUCAGAGCCAGGAACAUUAAAGGAACAGAUUUAUUGUCCAAAGCUGACUGUUACGUGGAAUUGCGUCUGCCAACUGCAUCACCUGUUGUUUAUCAAACUCGAGUUAUUGACAACUCCAGCAAUCCGGAAUGGAAUGAAACUUUUCAGUACAGGAUACACGACGCAGUCAAAAACACGCUUGAACUGACUCUGUUUGAUGAAGAUGUUCUUAUAAAUGAUGAGCUUACUUCUGUCGUGUUUGAUGUUACAGGGAUUCAGGCCGGCCAUUCACUGAAAAACACUUUCAAGCUAAAAGAAGAUAAGGAAGAAUUGGAUGUAGAAUUUUUUAUGGAGAAAAGUUCUGAUCCUCCUGGUGAAAUUAUCACAAAUGGAGUCCUGGUGGCUUAUCCUUGCCUUUACUUGCAAGGGACAAUUAACAAUGAUCAGAAUACAAAGAUGAGAGAACAAGGUCGCAGUCAGUUCAGGCUUUCACUUCCUGGAUCUUAUGAGAAACAGUUAAGUGAGCCAUGCAAGUCAAACCCCGAUCAGGCCGGUGGGACCCCAUUUGUCUUUCACAUAGGCAAACAGAUGUGCCCAGAACUGAGUGUGGAGCUGGAAAGAACUAUUACAGUCCUUCAGGACGGAGUGAGUCCUGAAUUGGAAGAACACAGUACUGUUCUUGGAUCAGGGAAUAUUCCUUUGAAUUUACUACCUCUGGGAAAGGAAGUUGAUAUAACUGUGCCACUUGGAAAGGGACUAAGUGUGGAUAUAAAGGUGAAAGCUGAAGAAAUCACACAAGAUCUUGAUGUACGUCUUGGUUUUGAUCUCUGUAAAGAAGAGCGAGAAUUUUUGGAAAAAAGAAAGAAAAUCUUAUCUAAGGCACUAAAGAGCAUACUCAAAUUGAGAGAGGACCUCAGUAAUAAUGAGGUGCCUGUUGUAGCAGUCCUAGGAUCUGGGGGAGGGAUAAGAGCACUUUCAUCAUUUUAUGGAAGUUUGCUUGGUCUACAGCAGCUAAAUCUUCUGGAUUCUAUUACAUAUCUUUCUGGAAUUUCUGGUUCUACAUGGUGUUUAUCAGUAUUGUAUCAAGACCAUGAAUGGUCACAGAAGGACCUCAAGGAUCCAAUCAGCAAUGCGCAGGAUAAAAUAUCCAGCAGCAAAGUAGCAGCUUUCUCCUCAGAACAUAUGAAGUACUAUUUCCAGGAACUGAAUGCUAUGGAAAAUGCUGGGCGGAAAGUAUCUUUCACCGAUCUGUGGGGUCUUAUUAUUGAGUACUUCCUGCAACAGAAGGAAGACCAGUCAAAAUUGUCUGACCAACAGGAAGCUGUGAAAUAUGGGCAGAAUCCCUACCCAAUCUACGCAGCUGUUAAUGUGAGGCCCAAUGUUCGUGGUGAUGACUUUGCAGAAUGGUGUGAGUUCACACCCUAUGAAGUUGGAUUCCGCAAAUAUGGUGCUUUUAUUCGAACAGAAGAUUUUGAUAGUGAGUUUUUCAUGGGACGAUUGAUUAAGAAGCAUCCUGAGCCCAGGAUCUGCUAUUUGCAGGGGAUGUGGGGAAGUGCCUUUGCUGCUAGUCUGGACGAUGUCUUUCUGAAGGUAGUUGGCUCAGGAUUCACCUUUCUGGAAACAUUGGGAGAUGUAAUCAAAGUAAUUGAUGACAGUCGACGAUUCCAUUUCCGGGAUCCUAUGAGGUUGAAGACACGUCUGGUUAUACCAGGUGGACCCUUACUACAGAUUUUCCAGGACUUCUUCAAGUCUCGUGUAACUGCUGGUGAAACAUUUAAUUUCAUGCAAGGGUUAUACCUCCACAGAGAUUAUAUCAGUUUCAAAAAGUUUGUCAUCUCAAAAGAAACACACUUAGAUGCUUUUCCUAACAUGUUGACUCCGAUGGAAGAGAAUCUUUACUUAGUAGAUGGUGGCUUUUCUAUAAAUUCUCCCUUUCCAUUGCUAAUUCAGCCAGAAAGAGAUGUUGAUGUGAUUUUAUCAUUUAAUUACUCUUGGGAAGCACCAUUUGAGAUCUUGGAGUUAACUGAAAAAUACUGUAGAGAACGAGACAUUCCUUUCCCACAAAUAAUUUUUAAUAAAGAAGAUGAAGAAAGUCCUAAGGAAUGUUAUAUGUUUAUGGAUGCUGAGAACCCAAAGGCUCCCAUAGUCCUUCAUUUCCCUCUGGUUAAUGAUACAUUCCGUAAAUAUAAAAUGCCAGGAAUAGAACGUGAAUCAGAAGAGGAUAAGACUUUUGCUGAUUUUCAAAUUGAAGGAAAAGAUUCACCAUACAGGACAUUUAACUUUACCUACACAGCUGAUGAAUUUGACAGACUAGUACAAUUGAAUUGCUAUAAUGUCCUUAAUAACAUGGAUGCUAUUUUGAAAGCAUUACGACUGGGUUUAAGCAAACGAAAGAAAAAGCAGGACCCAAGUGCUUCCUUGAAAACGUAUUAUGAAGGAAUUUCAUUUUUUUAUGGAAGAUUUAAGAAGGCCUAA